AUGGCCGAGAUUAAAACCAGCUUCCGUGGGGCCCGCUCUUUCCUCGACGGCGAUGGAUCAUCGUCUGAUCCAAACCCUUCCUGCGUGCCGCCAGACAGUCUGUCCCAAGCCGCCCAUGCUGUCGCUCGCAGUGAGCUCCAUCUGGACAUCCUCAACCACAGUCUCAGAACAUUCGUCUACGCUGUCGCCAUCAGCGAGAGGGAAGACCUGCCAUGGCACGAGCAAGAGAACCUGCCUCUCCUCUUCACAGCAGCCAUCUUCCAUGACAUGGGCACGACCACCAGCUGUGACGGUCCGCAGAGAUUUGAGGUCGAAGGCGCAGACGCUGCUGUCUCUUUUCUGAACCAGCAUGAAAUCCCGGAAGCGAAAAAGCAUGAAGUCUGGGUCGCCAUUGCUGUCCACACAUGCUCUGGUAUUGCGGAACGCAUCUCGACGCUCGCCCGAGCUAUACGACUGGCGGUGCUUGUCGACUUCAAGCGUUCUGACAUGGUGGAAUUGCUGGGUAGCGAGAUGAUCGAUCAAGUGGAGCAAGUCCUGCCUCGUGGGGCACCAGAGAAGGUUUUGGGCGAUGCUGUCGUGGAGCAGGCGACGCGGCAACCAACCACAUGGCCGGGGCAACUUGCAAGAUCAACGAGAGAGCACUCGGACUGGCAGGGCGUGAACAAGGAGUUUUAG